AUGUUUUUUUCUUUGAUCAUCGCGACAUGUUUUAUCAUUUGGAUACUAUAUAGGCAUUAUAGUGGAUUACAUGCUAUGGAGAGGAGUAACAAGACUGCAAAACACAUAGUCACAAACACAGAACGUAAAGCAUCUGGAUCCAACUGGAAUAUGUAUAAGAACUUAAUUUCCAAGCCAAAGACAGAAAGAAAGAGUAACGAGGGAAAUAAUACUUCACAAACUAGGAGGCAUCCAAAGUCUUUAAAAAUGUACGCCACAUCACAUCAUACGGAUUUGGUAAAUCCUGACAGCAAGAAGCACAGUGCCAAGAAGAACAGGCAAUAUAACACUUUGACGAAACAGAUUGCUAUAGACUGUGAAAUGGUUGGGAUUGGCGAUGGCACAGAGAGUAUGGUAGCUCGAGUGUCGAUUGUAAAUAAAUAUGGUGAUUGCCUGUACGAUAAGUACGUCAAGCCAAGGGAGUUGGUGGUAGAUUAUAGAACGUCUGUCAGCGGUAUUCGGCCGGAACACUUGCUGAACGGGGAAGACUUUAACGUCGUACAGAAGGAAGUGGCGGAUAUGUUGAAGGGUCGUCUUCUGGUGGGCCACGCGUUGAAGCACGAUCUUGACGUGUUGUAUCUGUCUCACCCGCGUAGAUACUUACGUGACACUUCAAGAUACAAACCCUUUCGACAGUUAUCGAAAGGCAAUACUCCCAGCUUGAAGAGACUCACGUGCGAAUUGUUAGGCCAGGAGAUACAAGCAGGCGAGCACAACUCCGUGGAGGAUGCGAGGGCGGCGAUGCAGCUGUAUAUGUUGUACAAAAACAAAUGGGAAUCGGAGAGAAGGAUACGCUAGGCCGUUUUUCUCUGAAGUUCUUCAACCAGUGCACACUAGUGCGAUGUGCCAAACGAGCGAGAAUUACACAGAAACAGACAUCUCCAUGUGAUUAAUAUGCGAUAACAAUUGUAAAAAAUUUGUAUUUUAAUUAGUAAAAAAAAUAUUACAUAUCUUACUUUAAGAAACAAACACCUCUCGCUUCAGUCUUCAGUUACUACCUGUAACUUCAAUUACAUCGCUUUAUCGAGAUAUCCGUUUUCUUGUGAGGAUGCUUUCCAGUCCUACGAAGACUAUAUUCGAAACAUUACGCGAACAGAAGCCGCGAUCGCGCGGAGAACGAAACGGACAUGUAAAAGGAAUCGAAGGUCACUAUCGGUCACUCGGCAUUUCUGGCCAGUAUCUACAUCUUGUGCGAGUAAAUAUGGUAGACGACCUCGUUAUCAGUAUCAACCUUGUAUCUCUUGUUUCUUUAAUGUCCGUUUAAUACUCUGCUUAGUCACUUUGUUCUCCAUCUUCGUGCGAGAUAUAUGUAUCGCGCGUGAUACUCCGUGGUGCAAGUGCUCUGUGCGGUAUUUCGAUCCGUAAGUAAAAAGGCUGCGAAUUCGUUUCAACUAGUGUGUAUAAAAACUCGUACUUUCGGAAGAAAAAGAGCAAUACAUGAGCGCCACGAUCGACCACAUCUAUGGCUUAUAUUCUGUUGAGUAACUAUAAAUAACGCGAUAAUUUGCAGUAACGUCUCGACAAUCGCCUAAAAUCCAUCUAUAAUGAGAUUGACAGUAAGCAGUAAGUAAAUCAAGCAGUCAAUUUUUAUAAUAAUCGACUGUGGUUGAUCAAUUUGCUUACUGCCUGCGUUUUACUGCCUACUGCCAAUCCUAUUAUAGAUCCCAGAUAGCACAGAGAAUUCAAAAAGAAUUCAAUUAUAUGUCACCAAUUCUGAGUUCAUUAUUGCAAAAAGAAUUCUUUUCACUGAACUAAACUCUGAAAAAUUCUUUUCCAAAAAUAAACUCAGAAUUAAUGACAUGCGACUGAAUUCUUUUUGAAUUCUCUGUGUUAUGUGGGAUAGUCUCCUUUAGGUACCUUUUAUAUUAAAUUACAUGUAUCGGCCUUCAUGGUAUUAAUAGCCAUCAAAUUAGCCUUUCGUUAAGAUCUACAUUUGUUCAAAUUUUCAACAUAAUAUUUGUCUUGCCUCAUCAAAUCAAAUCUUAUCAGGCACGUUCUAUAUGCAAUACGUGUACCUGGCCCAUACAUACGUUAUCGUGUUUUCCAUUACGUUUAAUCUCUCAUCAAUCUCAGAUACUUUGAACGUGACAAGACUAAAUAAAAAAAAAAACAGACAGA